CCUAUUGUUUUCUAAUCACAAUAAAUAGAUCACCAGCGGCACGGCAAAACCUCCAUUAGGCCCCCAAAAUCUUUUUUGGUUUUCUGCAAGUCGUUUGUUUCAGCUGUUGCUGUUUUCAUUUUGGGUUUGUUGGCUUCUCGAACAGGCUGCUUAUUUUGGUGUUUGCGGAAAGCGGGAUUUAUCGCUCUGUUGUAGAAGUUAUUUCAGUUAGCUAUUGGCUUGUAUUCGGUUCUAGUUACCGGGUGUUGUAUUCUGGGUGCUGUUGUUUUCUUCAGAGUUUUGAAGCUUGUACGGAACAUGAACCAAGAAAGCUUGGGGUUUCUGGUUUCCUAAUAUAUUUGUUUUCAUGCAGAGCCUCUUAUUUUCUUUUCAUUUAUUGAAAAUUUCAACCAUUUCCCCUGAUUUAAGCUCUUCCUUCACGUUAGCUAUCAAAUAAAGCUAUACAAGUGGUUGGGCGUCUUUUGCGAAAUUUACACAUUCAUAGGAGCGAAUCAUGGGAGAGCCGCUGGGGCUGCUAAAAGUGAUGGUUGUGCGAGGGAAAAGAUUGGUAAUCCGAGAUUUUAAGAGCAGCGAUCCUUAUGUGAUAGUCAAACUAGGCAGUCAGAUGGCGAAGACCAAGGUUAUCAAAAGUUGCCUUAAUCCUGUUUGGAAUGAAGAGCUAAGUUUCUCUUUCACAGAGCCGGUUGGAGUUCUAAAUUUGGAAGUGUAUGAUAAAGACCGUUUCAAAGCAGAUGACAAGAUGGGACAUGCUCACCUUAGCCUUCAACCAAUUGUCUCCGCCGCUAGAUUGAGACAAAUUCUUGGAUUUUCUUCUGGUGAGACAACAUUGAGGAAGAUAGUCCCGGGCAGUGACAACUGUCUUGCUGGGGAGAGCUCUAUCAGUUGUGUAAAUGGAGAGGUGGUGCAGAGUGUUUGGUUAAGGCUUUGCGGUGUUGAGUCUGGGGAGAUUGAACUGAGCAUCAAGUUAAUUGAUACUACUCCUGCUGCUGCCUCAGGGUAGUGCAGAUUCUACGGUUUGCAUAUGCUUAGAUCUUUAACAAUACAGGGGGAAGAGGUGAAUAUACAUUUGUGGUUAGGUUUAUGUGAACCUCUAACCUCUGGAAGCAGCAGCUAGGCUGAAGUGGAGCCAGGCCGUGUGUAUCAGUUUUCUCUGUUGCUAACUUUCCUAUCACUGUUUAAAUUGGCUGUGUGCAUAAUGAGCUUCAAGUUUCUCUCA